ACCUAUUAAAGCAUAUUCCUAAGACUCUUAAUAGCGUUCCUAUUAUGACUAUUCAAAAGUUUGCACGUAAAUCGUGGAGGUAUAUGGAUGCAUAUGAUAGGGGAUUAGAGGGCAGGACUGCUAAAUAG